AUGGCAGUCCAAGCGCGAGCACUUUACGAUUUCCAGAGUGAGAACAAGGAAGAAAUCAGCAUCCGUGAGAAUGAAGAAUUGGUGCUCUUCAACGAGAAAUCCCUGGAUGGCUGGCUGCAAGGCACCAACUCCCGAGGAGAGACAGGCCUCUUUCCCGCCUCUUACGUGGAGAUUCUUCGCUCCAGGUCCUCCUCAACUUACACCAACUGUUCCAACAGCCCCACCGGGUCUCCUGGAAAUGGGUCCUCUUUCUACGUCCCCCCGUCUGCCCCCGGCAUCUCCCACCAGGGCAGCUUUGAAGAUGAUGAGGACGACUGGGACGAUUGGGACGAUGAUGGCACGGUGGUGGAGGAACCCCGGAGCGGGGCAGGGACCAACGGGCACCCCUCGCCAAGCCUCUCCUGCCCCAGGCCCUACGCUCACCCCAACAACGUCGGCAGCCGUGCCAAGCCAUCCUUGGAGAGGCAGGACAGCAUUGGCUCUUCCAAGAGAGGAAGCGUGGUGAGUCGGAACCUCAACCGUUUCUCCAGCUUUGUCCGGUCUGGAGUGGAGGCCUUCAUUUUGGGAGAUGUCCCCAUGAUGGGCAAGAUCUCAGAGGCCUACUACAUCGACAUGGGCUCCAAAGGUCCUCAGUGGAGGUCCAGCCCACACCCUUUCCUCUGCUCCGUGGAAGAGCCCACCAAACAGACCAAGUUCAAAGGCAUCAAGAGCUACAUCUCCUACCGCUUGACGCCCAGCAACGGCAAUUCGCCGGUUUACCGGCGCUACAAACACUUCGACUGGCUGUACAAUCGCCUCUUGCACAAGUUCACCAUCAUCUCGGUGCCCCAUCUGCCGGAGAAGCAAGCCACGGGGCGCUUCGGGGAGGACUUCAUCGAGAAGCGCAAACGCAGGCUGAUCUUGUGGAUGGACCACAUGACCAGCCACCCGGCGCUUUCCCAAUACGAGGGCUUCCAACACUUCCUCACCUGUGGGGACAACAAGCAGUGGAAGAUGGGGAAGCGUCGGGCGGAGAAGGAUGAGAUGGUGGGGGCUAGUUUCCUCCUGACCCUCCAGAUCCCAACCGAGCACCAAGACCUGCAGGAUGUGGAGGACCGAGUGGACAUCUUCAAAGCCUUCAACAAGAAGAUGGACGACAGCGUCCUGCAGUUGACCAGCGUGGCUUCUGAGCUGGCCAGGAAGCACGUUGGGGGCUUCCGUAAAGAGUUCCAAAAACUGGGCAAUGCUUUCCAAGCCAUCAGCCAAGCCUUCCAGAUGGACCCACCUUACAGUUAUGAUGCCCUCAACAAUGCCAUCUCCCACACGGGCAAGACCUACGAGAUGGUGGGGGAGAUGUUUGCCGAGCAACCCAAGAACGACCUGUUCCUCAUGUUGGAUUCCCUCUCCUUGUAUCAGGGACUCCUCUCCAACUUCCCAGAUAUCAUUCAUCUUCAGAAAGGUGCGUUUGCCAAAGUGAAGGAGAGCCAACGGAUGAGCGACGAAGGGAAAAUGGACCAGGAGGAGGCAGACGGGAUCCGGAAGCGUUGCCGAGUGGUUGGCUUUGCCCUCCAGGCGGAGAUGAAUUACUUCCAUGAGAGACGCAUCUUGGACUUCAAGAAAAUGAUGCAGUCCUACAUCAGGGAGCAGAUUGUCUUCUACCAGAGAGUCAGCCAGAAGCUGGAAGAGACCCUGAGGAGAUAUGACAAUCUCUAGGAAGCCUGCCAGAUGUCGGAGCUCACGAUGGUCCUCAACGCUACUGUGCCCCCAGCUGGGAUGAGCAGCAGCGACCGUGUUUUCUUCUCUGCCUCUGGAAGAGGGAGGUCUUCUCCUCCUGGUGGAUCAUGGGAGGUUCUCCCAGUUGACUUGUGCUCUCCAUCAUCUUCAUGAUGCUGAACUUAGAGCAUUGAGAGGGAAGCUUGUAGCCCUGUCCUGACCAAAGCUUGGGAUGAAUGCUUCCAGCCCAUCCCGAUCAAAUUGCAAGGACCCAGGCAAGUAAUUGUUGCACAAAAGACAUUUUGACGAGUGGAAUUCUUUUCCUCAAGAAAAGUCUAGCUUCUGGCUCUCCUAGCCUUGUUGUUUACAGAGGAAGUAAAAGAAUUUGCUUUCCAAAGGAAAUGUAGCUUUCGCUCCAGCCA